AUGAACAUGAAACUGACUACGAUUAUCUUCUUCCUAACGGCAACAGCCUGGUGUGAACCACAAAAGCGAGAUGCAACAUCAGCCGGAAGCUUCAACUUUGCCUCUCUAUCAAAUGCCAUAGUCAACCUCGCAGCCGCAACGACGACUGGUAAUUUCGCGAAUAUCUCACCACCACCUAAAGCAUUCAUGCACGAGAUCCUCGCUGUCAUCCCCCUCCCCGUAGUCGGCGAGCUUAUGGACGCACAAUCCCGCAGCUCACUCGCUAGCCAACUCCAAGCUGGUACCACUCCCACAUGGUACGCCAGUCUACCUACCGACGCGAAGAACUAUGUGUCUGCUGUCCGACUACAGAUUCAAAAUGGGGCUGUGACUGCUACCACUGGUGUCGGCACGGGAGCCGCGGUAGCAGCAGGGACGGCGACGGCGACGGCAGCGAUGACUUCGACGUCUAGUGGGAUGGCGGCGCAGGCUACGGCAUUCAGUGCGAUGAUUGGGGCAUUGGGUGUUCUCGGGCUGGCCCUAGCGUUGUGA